AUGGAUGAGACCAACCAGGACAGGGUGGUGUCCGAAUGGGAAAGGCGCAAGUACCUUCCCAAGUCCGGAGAGCCAGAUCUACCACCUCAGAUUUCCCAAUUUGCAAACAAGACCACCGAUGAGGUCAUGGAGGAGUUGAACCGGCUACCGUUUUUCAUGACCAAGCUUGAUGAGACCGAUGGAGAAGGAGGAGAAAACGUUGGCGUAGAGGCAUUAAAGUCGUUGGCAUAUGACGGAGAGCCUCAUGAAAUAGCCACAAACUUCAAGACCCAGGGCAACGACUGCUACAAGGCGAAACAGUAUACGCAUGCGAUUGAAUACUAUACCAAAGCGUUGGAAGUUGAUUGUGGAGUUGACGACAUCACCAAAAGUUUGUAUUUAAACAGAGCUGCUUGCAACUUGGAGUUGAAAAACUAUCGUCGGUGCAUCGACGACUGCAAGAGAGUCCUCUUGAUAGACGAAAAGAAUAUCAAAGCGUGUUUUCGAGCGGCGAAAGCAUUCGAUGCAAUUGGCGAUUUGCAAGAGGCAAAGCAAAUCAUUUCCUACGGGUUGACUUUUGCCGACAACAACAAAGACUUGAAGCAAUUGUUGAGCCUGAUUGAAAGAAAAGAGUUGGACGAAAAGAAUAGAAAGAUUGCACGGGAGAAACGAGAGAAUGAGAUUCGGAUGCAGAAAUCCAUCCUAAACGAUAGCAUCAAAUUGAGGCACAUUGCCAUAGUCAAGACAAAGAGUCCACCAGAAAUGUUGAAAGAAGCAAAGAUCAAGCUUGAGGAUCCAGUUGACUACCAGCUGCAGUUGAUUUUUCCCGCGUUGAUCCUUUACCCAACAAUUGACGAAUUCGACUUUAUAGCGGAAAUCAGCGAGCUAUCAACACCGCUAGAAAUAUUGGAGUUGAUCUUCAACAGGCCACAGGAGUGGUUCGAGAAACAUCCAAAUUUCCGGAUCAAAACGUUGGAUUGCUUUAUGGAAACUGCACUGGGGGGAUUGGUGAAAGUUGGCAAGAAAAUUGAAAUCAACCAAGCUCUCAUGAACGAUAGUCCCAAAGCUCCCUUAUUUGACAACGCCUUGAAGUUGUUUGUGGUGCCGAAACAAGAAGUGGCCGACUGGGUAUCGAAAUGGAGCAAGGAUCUAGCGUUGGAAAAUCGUGUAGACUAG